AUGUCGCACCACGCCCGCAUCGAGGAGGUUUCGGACUCCGACCCUGAAGAGGUCGCUCCCUCCUCAGAGCCCCUCCCCAGAAAUUCCGUCAUUGCUCCCGUCUCCGCCUCCGUCCCACCAGCCAACCCAUUCCCCAUGCCCCAGAUGCCCGAGCCUCAACCCCAACCCCAGCGCGAAAUCCCCAGACAUUACCAAUGUCUUUACCCUGUUUAUUUCGAUAAGACCCGUUCUCGCGCCGAGGGUCGCAAGGUGGGAUCGGAGCUUGCGGUGGAAAACCCGCUGGCUCGAGACAUUGUGGAUGCAGUGCAGAUGCUGGGAUUGAAAUGCGGUCUGGAGCCUGAAAAGCUGCACCCUAAGGACUGGGCCAAUCCCGGCCGAGUGCGUGUACUGCUGAAGGAUGAAAAUGGCCGAUUGGCGAACUCCCAAAUCAAGAAUAAGCACCAUCUUUUCAUCCUCGUCGCACAAUACCUCAAAGCCCAUCCGACCAAUGAACAAUCUCCAUACCGACUCCGCAUCCGUGGCUUGCCAAUGCCCGACAAACUCCCCGAAGCUCCCCAAGCACCGCGUGGGUGGAAAAUUGGAAGCAUCUUGCCCAUUCAUUCGCCCGCCUACAGCGGAGGUGGGGUCAGCGACAACCCGUUCAAAGAGGCAAUGGCGGAGCUGCAGAACAUGCAGGGAAUGCCCGGUAUGCCUUCAAUUCCGGGAAUGCCUGGCAUGCCCGGCAUGUCAGGCGAGUCUUCAGGAGCCGAUUCAGACAAGAAAAAGAAAGACAAGAAGAAGGGCAAGGCUUGA